CUCGUUUGACCUGCCCCCGCUUCUAUACUCGAAGCCGAAGCUGUCGAGCCCAUCCCCACGCGCCCGGCGGCCACGUCGCCGGCCCCUGCCACGAACCCGGUCAAUGCACAGGGCGCGCGCGGCAGGGAAGACGAGCGGGGAAGGAAUCGUUCCACAGCUAGGCGCGUACCGAAUGGGGUCGUUGCUGUGCCGUGUUGGGUGAGCCGAGGCAUCCCCCGACGCCAAGCUAGCCAGCCACCCAGCGUGUUCAUCCGUGCGUGUCGGACGGAGCCAGCGGCGUCUGCGGGGCCGGCCGUCGUGGUCAUGCUGCCGUGACCGAUCGAGCAGCAGAAAUGGAGGGAGCUUCCUGUUCUUCUUCUUCGUCGUCGGCGGCGGCGGUGCAGGGGGGCCGGGGCGGGGAGGUGGGGAUCCGAGUCGGCGCCACCAACAUCGGCCGGCUGCGCGGCGCGGCGCCGGGGCGGCAGCAGCAGCAGCAGGGGAGGCAGCCGCAGCACGGCGCCAGGGGCGGCGGCGGCGGCGUGACGUCGUGGCACCUCAGGGUGUUCGCGGCCGCCGUCGGGGUCAUGGGCUGCGUCCUGCUCGCCGCCUCCCUCGCCAUGUCCGCGCUGCACCAGGUGCAGUUCCGGAACGCCGCCAUCUCCAGGAACGUCAGGGGCCUCCAGGAGCUCAAGCAAAACGUUGUGAGGAGGGAGCAGGCAGAGCAGAUAAUGCACGGGCGGCUGCUGCAAAUGGCAGCUUCAGCUGUCACCAAGAACGGCUCUGAAUCUGAAGAUUUCGCGCUAUGGGAAGAGCCCUACAAGCAAGCGCGGAAAUGGAAGCCCUGUGCUGCCAAACACAGUUUGGCUGACGAAGAGCCUGACGAGAUCAACAAUGGUUACAUACUGACCAGCGCGAAUGGUGGUCUGAACCAACAGCGUGUUGCUGUAUGUAAUGCUGUUGUCGUUGCUGCUCUUCUCAAUGCAACACUGGUCAUCCCCCGAUUCCUUUACAGCAGCGUGUGGAAGGACACAAGUCAAUUCGGUGACAUCUAUCAGGAAGACUACUUCGUGAACUACAUGAAGAAUGAUGUGCGCAUUGUGAAAGAAUUACCACCACACCUUCAGUCGCUAGAUCUCGAAGCCAUUGGCAGCCAGGUCACAGACAUAGACAUCUCGAAAGAGGCUGAACCCUCCGAACUCGUCAAAUCUGUGCUUCCAAUUCUUCAGCAAAAUGGCGUCGUUCAUUUCCUCGGGUUCGGAAACCGUCUUGGCUUCGAUUCAGUACCUGUCCAUCUGCAGAGGCUGAGGUGCCGAUGCAACUUCCACGCCCUCAAGUUCGUCCCCGAGCUCCAGCGAGCAGGCUCCCUGCUGGUCCAGCGGCUGCGCAAGGCGGGCGCGAUGCAGACCGAGAUGGACAAGCAGCUGUUCGGGAGCAACAUGCUCGACCCGGGCUUCGCCGAGGACCACGCCGCCGGCGGGCCGAGCAGGUUCCUCGCCCUGCACAUGAGGUUCGAGGAGGACAUGGUGGCCUACUCCCUCUGCGAGUUCGGCGGCGGCGAGGAGGAGCGGAGGGAGCUCCAGGCGUACCGGGAGGCCCACUUCCCGGCGCUCGCGGGGCGCCUACGGAACGCCACGGUGGCGCCGGAGGAGCAGCGCAGCCUGGGGAGGUGCCCGCUGACGCCGGAGGAGUCGGGGCUCAUCCUCGCCGCGCUCGGCUACGACCGCCGCACGUUCAUCUACGUCGCUGGGUCGUGGAUAUACGGCGGCGCGCCGCGGCUGCGGCCCCUGACGCGGCUGUUCCCGAACCUCGUCACCAAGGAGGACAUCCUCACCGCCGACGAGCUCGCUCCCUUCAAGAAUUUCUCCUCACGGCUCGCGGCGCUGGACUUCAUGGCGUGCGCCUCGGCGGACGUGUUCGCGGUGACGGACUCCGGCAGCCAGCUGUCGUCGCUGGUGUCCGGGUUCCGCGUCUACCACGGGCGGGGCCGCGCGCCGACGCUGCACCCGAACCGGAAGCGCUACGCGCAGGUGCUGUCGGAGGAAGGGGGCAUCGCGUGGGGCGGGUUCCGGCGGAGGGUGAGGCAGAUGGUGGAGGAGUACAAGCGGGUGAGCCCGCGGCCGAGGGGCCGGAGCGUCUACCGGCAGCCGAGGACGCCGGGGUGCAUGUGCAGGGCCGGCGGCGACGGCAGCGUCGACUUCUGAGUUCUGAUGCCCCCACCCCAGGACCCAGGUUGCAGGCGGAUUUCUUAGUUGGCGCGCGUGCGCCGCUACCCGUAGCGGCGCGCGGUAGAAGAAAGGAAGGAGGAAGAAGAACAGUAGAGGGGUGUUCGCUCGCGACGCUGGCGCGUCCAGUAGCGUCCCCCGGUUGCAGGGGCGGUCUCGGGAUCAUGUUCCAUUGAUUCUUUUGUAGCUUGUUCAUAGCUUAUUUCUUAACUUUGGUAGCAGCGAUCAGGCAGGAUACGAGGCAGGAAAGGUGAUAAUUUUUUUUUGAGUCCUACAGUAUGUAAUGUAACAUAUCUUCAUACAAAAGAGUUGUCCAAAAGUAAGUUGUUGGAAAACAAAAAGAAAGAAGAAUUGAUGGCAUUUACCUCCA